GACAGAGGCUUGGGCCUGACGGGGAGACGGAGCCUCAGGACUGUUGAAGCCUGAAAGCCCCCUCCCCUCCCCCUCCCCCUUUUGCCGCUUUUUGGCAUCCCCCUCCCUCCACCCUUUCCCACUCUGAUAAUCUGGCCAUGACUAGCAGAAGCACAGCCAGGCCCAAUGGGCAGCCCCAGGCCAGCAAAAUAUGCCAGUUCAAAUUGGUCCUGCUGGGGGAAUCUGCAGUGGGGAAGUCUAGCCUGGUUUUACGUUUUGUCAAAGGGCAGUUCCAUGAGUACCAGGAGAGUACCAUUGGAGCGGCCUUCCUCACCCAAUCCGUUUGUCUAGAUGACACAACAGUCAAGUUUGAAAUCUGGGACACAGCUGGGCAAGAGCGAUACCAUAGCUUGGCCCCCAUGUACUACAGGGGUGCCCAAGCUGCAAUUGUGGUUUAUGACAUUACUAAUCAGGAAACCUUUGCCCGAGCAAAGACAUGGGUGAAGGAACUGCAGCGACAAGCCAGUCCUAGCAUUGUUAUUGCUCUGGCAGGAAACAAAGCUGACCUGGCUAAUAAACGCAUGGUGGAGUAUGAAGAGGCCCAGGCGUAUGCAGAUGACAACAGCUUAUUGUUUAUGGAGACUUCAGCCAAGACAGCUAUGAACGUGAACGAUCUCUUCCUGGCAAUAGCUAAGAAGUUGCCAAAGAGUGAACCCCAGAAUCUGGUGGGUACAGCAGGCCGAAGCCGGGGUGUGGAUCUCCAUGAACAGUCCCAGCAGAACAAGAGCCAGUGUUGUAGCAACUGAGGGGGUGGCUAGCAGCAAACAAGUAUGGAGCUAGCACGACAGCUAAGAAGUAACCUCCAUCCCUACCCUUGAGCACACAGCCCCUACAGUAACAGCACACUGAGCCCUGGCUCCCAAGGGCUGCCUCCUGACAGCUCCGUCAUGGCACUUUUUAACGCUUCAGCAACCAACACCAGGCAGCUGGUGCCACUGGCCUCCUACCCCUACUCUGGGGCUUGGGGUUCAGAUCCCCCUGGGACUUACCUUCCGAAACAAACUUUCUUCACUUUGUAUUAUAGGUGCAAGACAGUGACCUACUUAUCUUUCCUCCUUUUCCUGUGUCCGCCCCAUUUUUUCAGAAAACAGUUUUGUCUCCUGUCCCUUCCCCUAUCUGCUUUUGGUCAAUCCCUGUUCUUGAUCCUCUUUUUCUCCCUUUCCUUAGGGUGGAGAAGGUGGUGAACCAGAAACUGAGGAAGGAGGUUUUCAGUUCAGUCACAUUAAAGGCCCCUGGGGGAGAGAGAGGCUCACAGAAGGAGGGAGUAAGGAAACAUUUCCUUUUUGUUUUUAUUUGUUUAGAGUAUUCUCAUAUUUUAAAACACUGCAGUAUCCAUGAGCCUUGUGGAGGGUGUUUCUAGCAAGAGAUGAGAAUGGGAAGGCAAGCUCUCUGGCACUAGGUGAGAGGGCAUUAUGUUGAGUUAGCUAACUGGAUGGAGGCCGAGAAGGUGAAGAUGCAAGCUUCCAGAGCUUGGCGUUCCUUCACCCAGGCUCUUAAGCAGUCUCUCCCCUGUGGUGGGGAUUAGAUAUCAGAGUCCUCCAAAGAAUCUUCACUGGUUGCCUGCAUCUUUGGCUCUGCUGUGAUCUGAUUAGAGGAGGGACUAGUUUCUGAUACCCAUCCUCUAAUUUAUACAUAUGCAUUUUUUUCCCUUGGCCUUCAGAUGGACCCU